UCCUUUGUCUUCUGAAACCUUCAGCAGCUCUCUUUGGUUUGUGGCGGCCUCUGAAAAUUCAUGGAAGAUGCCCCAGAAUCUGAACCAGAAACUUCUUCAUGGUAAUCACCUCCGUGCCUGCUUUUCAGAUCAUAGCUUCGGGUUUGGCGGCUUUUGUCUCUAAGCACAAUGGUUCCCGCGAAACGGCCAAAGACAAUCAAGAAGCGCAGGCUACAACACCUUCUGCUCACGGAGGAUCAAGAAGAGCACGAGCUGGAUUCUCCGACUCUUUUUCAAGUCAAGACUUGAGAUCAUUAAAUUUGGAUGAGGAUGUCUCAGUACAUGAGCUCUCUUCGAGAGGAGUUUCCGAGGAUGAGUACUGCCCGAGAAGCUUGGGAUCCGGAGCAUCUUCUCCUAUGACCAGCACUUCAGACUCGGAUGGACGAGGCAGCCGCACUGCUACUUCAGACUCCGAUCCAAGAGCCAACUAUCAAUGGCGCGGUUUCUUUCGUAUUUUGAAAAAAGGACCCCAAUAUCCCUUCCCAACCUUCCCUCCUAAAGGUGCUCAGAAACCAAAACUCACCAGAAGGAAAAGCAAAAGAGUAAGAGAGGACUUCAUUCCACAGAUCAACUCUCCUACUCUGAGGUCUUUCGAUGCUGACUUCUGCCGCUUCAAAUCUUCCUGGAAGAAUUACUCACUCUUGGAGCUGGAAACCGCAACCAACAACUUCAGCCACGAGAAUUUGAUUGGAGAGGGAGGCUAUGCUGAAGUUUACAAGGGAACAUUGGAAGAUGGGCAGAUUGUCGCAAUCAAACGCCUGACUCGGGGUUCUCAAGAAGAAAUGACUGCAGACUUCUUAUCUGAGCUUGGUGUCAUAGUUCAUGUUGACCAUCCCAAUAUUGCAAAGUUGAUUGGAUAUGGGGUUGAAGGAGGGAUGCAUCUUGUUCUUCAUUUGUCUCCCCAUGGGAGCCUAUCGUCUAUACUUUACGGACCGAGAGAGAGUUUGGAUUGGGACAUCAGAUAUAAAGUCGCUUUUGGUACGGCUAAGGGCCUUCUAUAUCUUCAUGAGGGGUGCCAGAGGAGAAUUAUCCACAAAGAUAUUAAGGCUUCUAAUAUUUUGCUGGCAGAGGAUUUUGAGCCUCAGAUAUCUGAUUUUGGGCUUGCAAAAUGGCUACCAGAUUCAUGGACUCACCAUGUUGUAUCGAAAUUCGAAGGCACAUUUGGAUAUCUUCCUCCCGAGUUUUUCAUGCACGGCAUAGUAGAUGAAAAAACCGAUGUCUAUGCUUAUGGGGUGCUACUAUUAGAGCUCAUCACCGGCAGGCAAGCGUUGGAUAGCUCACAUAAAAGCCUUGUCAUGUGGGCCAAACCCUUGCUCUCCAUGAAUAACAUCAAGGAGAUAGUUGAUCCAUGCCUCGGCGAUGCCUAUGACCUGAAAGAAAUGAAACGUCUUGCGCUAACUGCUUCAUUCUGCGUACACCAGUCUUCAAUGAAUCGACCACAAAUGAGCCAGAUUGUCCAAAUUUUAGAAGGUGAUGAAACCAGUUUGGAGUACGCUACAAAAUAUCACAAGUCUAAACUUCAAAGGACUUAUUCGGAGGAGCUCUUGGAUGCAGAUGAGUACAACUCGACCAAGUAUCUAAGUGACAGGGAUAAACAACUGGAGUUUAUCUUAGGCACUUCUAGUUCUAAUGAGGCCUAAACUUUCGAGACAGUUUCGGAAGCAGAAAACGAUCAGCCUACGAGAGAAGGAACAGCAGACGACGUUGUUGGAGAUGUUAAUGUACGUGCCUUGUUAAUUACUUGUAAUCUGUUACCAUGAAUGUAAUCGAAAUUCGAAACGACUGUGGAAUGAAAGAAAAGCCAGAGGGAGAGGUGAUUACUUUG